GAUGGAACUUAAGAUGAAGUAAAAACCAGAGCUUUCUCAAUUUGAAGCAAACCAAAAAUAUGUUUAUCUAAUAAAAGCUUUCGACAAUUUUGUGUUUAUCAUAUGCAAAUAUCUUAAAUGAAAAGCAUUCUUUUCGACAUAUACAAUAUCUAAGAGGGAAU